AUGGCUACAGCGGGCCCCUUCGUCCUCCCAGGCGAAGAGAUUGACGCGUCUCUGAUCCCGUCCCACCAGAAGCUUCCUCUCAGACUUGGUCCUGGCCUUCGCCAUGUGCCUCCUCGUCAAAUAGUCCCGACCAUCGCGGGCAAGCUCGUCACAGACCGCAAGAAGAACUCGAUAUGGGUUGAACAGACUGGCGGAAGGUACAUCCCCGCCGUUGGCGACCUCGUCGUCGGCACCGUCCAGCGCUCUGCCUCCGAAAUCUACUACGUCCUCUUGGCCGACUACUCGACGCCUGCAAUCCUCCCCCAACUCGCUUUCGAGAUGGCGUCCAAGAAGAACCGCCCUCACCUUGACACAGGCGCCCUCGUCUACGCGCGCGUCACCCUUGCGAAUAAACACAUGGACCCCGAGCUGGAGUGCGUCUACCAGUCCACUGGUAAGGCCGACGGUUUGGGACCUCUCGUGGGCGGUAUGCUCUUCAACAUCUCCCUUGGCAUGGCGCGUCGUCUGCUGAGCCCCAAGACGACGGACCUUGUGGUCCUGGAGGAGCUGGGUGCGACGGGCGCCGCGUUCGAGACGGCCGUGGGCCGUAACGGCAAGAUCUGGGUGAACAGCGAGAGCGUCAAGGUCAUUAUCGCGGUGGGAAGAGCCAUUCAGGAGACAGACGAGCGUGGACUCUCGAUCGACCAACAAAAGAAACUUGUCAGGUCCUUAAUCAAAGAUUUGAGUUAA